UAAAUGGCUGUGACAAACAGUUGCACUGUCAUAGUUUUUAAUAUCUUCACAAUGAAAGGCUUUGCCUACAGAUUGUGUCAGGAAAAACAGUAGUUGUAGUUGCACAACAUGCUGCAGCCUCUUAGGCUCUUUGUGCUUAGUAGGGGCAGGAAGCCCUUCCCUGCUAAUGGAUAUGAUCAGAGCAGACCUCUUCCCCUCACAGGUCCUGUUAAGCCUGACUGAUGAGGACCUGGAGCUGGGACUAGGGGUGAGCACCUCCAUGCACCGCCGGAAGCUCAGGCUGGCCAUCGAGGACUACCGAGAUGCAGAAACAGGGCGAGGGCUCUCAAAGGCAGCAGACAUGGACCAUCACUGGGUGGCCAAGGCCUGGCUCAGUGAUGUGGGGCUUCCCCAGUACUCCCAGGCCUUCCAUGCCAACCUUGUAGAUGGCCGCAUGCUGAAUUCACUGACUCGACGCGACCUGGAGAAAUACCUCAGUGUCACCAAGAAGUUCCACCAGGUUAGCCUGCUGCUGGCCAUUGAGCUCUUGCAUACCCUCAGCUUUGACAAAGAGGUCCUACAGGCUCGCCGGGCCCAGUGUGAGCACCUGAACACAGACCCCAUUGUGUGGACCAACCUGAGAGUGCUGAAGUGGAUGAGAGACAUUGAUCUGAAGGAGUAUGCUGACAAUCUUCAGAACAGUGGUGUCCAUGGGGCUGUGUUGGUCCUGGAGCCUGCCUUCAACACCGAUGCCAUGGCAGCUGUGCUGGGGAUUCCCAGCAACAAGCACAUCAUCCGCAGGCACCUGUGUGAGGAGAUGAAGGCCCUCAUCAAUUCCACAAGGUUGGGUCUGCAGCAGGACUACGAGAGAGUAGGAACAUACACUAUUUUGCGACAGAGCACAAUGGGACGCCUGACUUCCCCAGUGAGCAGACCACCAGAGGAUGACCAUUUCCUUAAUCGGUGCAUGGGGAAGCUUCCCCUGGGCUUUAACCCAAAGACCUACAGUGGGAGAGAAAUGGGGCUCCACAGCAGCUGUGGCUCCCUCCCAAAAGAAGCCCGUAAGGAUCCCCAGCCAAGGACAGAAGGUAGUCCAGUGCUCAGCUACUCAGGGAUCGAGGUCACCAAUGUGUAGCCUUGCCCUUGCUGUCUGCUGUGUCCACACUGGUUGGAGUGGAAAACAGAGUUCACAAGAGAGCCCGGGUUCAGUGUUGUCUAAAGGCCUGUCGUAUUGGGCUUCUCAACUGUUUGUACAGAAAAUGUCCUUAAAACUGUGAUCAAGCAGGUAUGGACGUGAAAAGGGAAUUGUUUUUUUGGAUAUUUCUUGCGAUCAGCAUGUUCCCUUUUUAACAUUUAAAACCGAGUAAAAUGUCACUCUUUUUUUAAACCAGGGUAUUGGUAAAGUUGUGUUCAUUAUAAGAACCAUGCUUCUUUUAGAAGCAGACACACGGAUAAUAGUACAAAUACUGUAUUCUGUGGCCUUCUCUGUCUUUUUCACAGGAGAAGCUGACACAUUUUAAGUGCAAUAUAUUUUAAGAAAUGCAUCCAUGGGCUGAAGAAAGCUUUUAAAACACUUCUUUUGUACAAAAGAUAUUUGCUUAUCUUAAUGACUUUUCCAGACUUGCAAGGAAAUGUAACAUCAAGGUGAAUACCACCUCCAUGCAGUACACAUAGGCCUGGCAGGACAUGAGCUACCCAAUAAAAGGAAUAUUUUCUUGUGAUUAUACAAAUGUUCAACUACAAAAAAGUCUUAGAGAAAAAAUCAGCACAUUUAAAAACAAGUUUAUUUGCCCUCUGGUACAAAUUUUUGUUUAACAAUAUUUAGUCAAUGACAUGGGCUUUGUAUCACAGACUAGUCAGGCUUUACUUGAAUUUAAGUUAAUUUUAUUCUACAGUAGGUGGACUAUAUGGGGUUUAGUCUUAACAACACAUUGUAUUUUGUAUUUCAUGGAGUAUCUCCCCAGCCAAAUAGAAUCUUUUUGUGUUUAAAUAGCUGACACUGUACAAAGAGUUUAAAUCUCUUAUCUGUUAUUUUCCAUGUAUGCUUUCAUAUCUUGUGUCAUACCUGCAAAAUACUGUGUUAAAAGCAUCAAGUUUGAAACUGUAAAAUGCAAAAAAUGUUUUGAGAAAUGCAACCAAGCGUGCAGUGACUUAACAAGAACCCUAGAACUACCUUUGUCUGAGCAGACCUUAGUCUAGACCUUAGAGUAUCACCGUGUCCUUUCUGCUCUGGCCUGCAGUGUCUCAGUGUAUCACUUCUGCUCCAGUUUGCACUGUCUCAAGGAUGUAGUGUGAGAAUGACUCUUUUGCUCUGGUCUGUGUUGUGUCAAUGAGGGAGUGUCAGUGUGUGUUUUCUGCUAUGAUCUCCAUUAUCUCAUAGAGUGAGUGUUUUGUUAUUGUGCCUCUUUUGCUCUGGUCUGUGCUGUCUCAGUAAGGAAGUGUCAGUGUGUCACAUGUGCUCUGGCCUGCACUGUCCCAUUAAGGAACAGCAUGCCAUGACCUUCCAGACAUGAUGGGAAAACUUGACCCAUGACUUGACUAUGUGUGAGGCCAUGAGAAGUGGCAUUGUGAGAACAAAAAAAUAGAAUGAGGCACAGCUGGUCUGAUUGAGUAAUUAGCACUCAGAGGGAAUGAAAUUCCAUGUAAAUAAGGAGUUGUGAGGAAAAGUUCUACAUGGAACUGAUUACUCCUCUGAGGUUAUUUCAUUCUAUAUCUAUGCUCCAGCCUGGAAGGAAGAAGAAUAACAGCUCUCCCCUUUUCUCACCUGAAAAAACAGUUUAAGCUGUAUUGAUGGACCAUUAGAGGUACAGGACAGACAGGAUGCAGGGUAUUUCAUCUGCCAGGAUCCAGCUGGUUGAGGUGCACUGCCGAGGAAUAUUGCUGGGCAGCGGAACCAGUAGACUGGAGGCAGACCUCCUACACCUGGAGGAGUGGGGCAGUGCUUGGCAAGGUAGCAGUGCAUUUUUUUACCACAGCUGAGAGAGAAGAGUUUAAAUGGCACAGGUUGAGUCCAGUUCUCCCUGGACUUGACUAGCAGCAGACUGACAGGUCAUCUCAGAGAGAGUGAGAUAAAAGUAGAAAUAAGAAGUUUCCACAAGAUGCAAAUGUUUGUUCUAGGGAAGCAUCCGUGGCCAAACAGCAUGAGCCGGUAUAGUUAGUAAUGGGAAAUAUUACUGAAAAUCAGGGUAAUGAGUACAAAAACUUGGUAAUGAGUGCAAAUGAAACAUUGAUUGCAAGUGAUUACUUUAAUGCGCAGUAUGAGUGACACAAAGUUAAUCAAGUUGAUACUCUAUAGGUGUUUGUGUUGAAAUGAUUUUAGGAAAGAUUGCAAUUGGGUGACAAGGAUUAAGUCUAAUCAAAUACCUUCGUCCCUUGUGAUUGAGGAAGACAAAAUGUGAAGAGUUAAUCAGAUCUAAUUAGUGUGAUGAGGAUGUGUAGUUCGUAUAGACUAAUGAAGACAAAGAGUGAAUAGUUAGUUAGAAUAGGUAGUGAGUAAGAGGACUGCACGGUGUUUCCCAAGAGGGGAUCACCAUGAAAGAGUUAGGAUCCUGAAAGGGGUCUGAAAGAUAAAAGGCAGUGUUGCCAUUAAUCUGAUGCGUGACAGUUGUUUUCACACUGAGAUAAUACAAGCAAGAGCAGAAGAUAUGCUAAGUACUCUGCCGUAGAUCUCAAGAUGGUUUUCAUUUUUAUAAACUGGCAGAUAUUAAAAUAAUAAAUUAUUCAAAUUAUUUUCAUCCUGUAGCCACUUAACAGAGUGUUAUACUAUUCUCUUACCUGUUUGAGCUGCUAUUACAUCCUCUGUACUUAAUUCUGUGCUGUUCUGUUUCUGGUGGUGUUUCUUUUUACUCAGUAUUACUGAAUGUUCCCAUGAUGCCACAUCUUAAGAGAUCUGAAGCCCAGUGGUGUAAUAUGAAGAAAAAUGUACUCUCACAUCACGGGACUGAUAAGAUUACACUGGUUUGAAAACCACCUGAUCUUCUAGUGACACAGGACUUCUGAGUUUGCUACACAGUAGUUAGGGGUCAAUAAUCUUUCAGAAGUGGCAUACCAAAAGUUAACGUAUUCAUUUCUAUUAACAGAUUUGUGUGCCACUCAUACAUUUUACAAUAUCAAUUAAUAGUUCUACCUACAUUUUAGCAGUUGCUUAUAUAAAUUAAGAUGUGGAUCAAGAAAUAAAAGACGAAUUUUGCAAGAAAUACCAACAGUAAUUCAAAAAGACCCAGUUUUCUUGUUCCCUACAGAUGGAUUUUGUGAAGAUGUGUGAUGCUGUCAGUUAGAAAUGUUAUUUGCAAAACUUAUUUGUUAUCAUCUAUUUUAGGUUAUUUUGACUUAUUUUUGAUUAAAAGAUGCUAAAUGCAUCAAGAGCUGCAAAAACUUCCCACAGCUAAGCCAAGUAAUGUUGUUGUGAAGUUGAAUGUCCUUGUUUGCAUUAAACUUUGCAUCAAGGCAGAUUGACCAAUAAGAUAAUUCAUUGUCUUCACAAUAUUAAGUCCAGGUGUACGGUUUUUAUGCUGAACAAAUCCAUACUUUUUUACUUGGUGACAGUAUAACAAUGAUAUAGAUCAUUCUUCUCUAUUUGAUUCACACCGACCUCACACUGGAAAACAUUUAUUUUAACAUUAUCAAUUCUUUGCUCAACCAUCACAAAUGAAAUAGGUUUAGAUCUUGGUUAGCUAAACAUAGGAAUAAACGUAAAGCCAUGGUUUUAUUAUGAAAUACAUAUGGCACAUCUAUCAAACAGUGCACUCAGAACUUUAAUCCAAGAUUUAAUCCAAGCCAAUCUCCCAGCAUGGUUACCAGAGCUGAGACACUGCUUUGUUGUAGGAACUGCUGUCCUUUGGAUGAGAUUUUAUGCCUUUUUAUUACUGCUUGGUCAUUAAAGAUCCCCUGGCACUGUAAAGGUGUUGAACCUAGUCCUGGACAUUCAAAUUCUGCUAAGGGUUUGAACAGUCUGCCCCCCCUUCAUCCCUGCAUGUAUUGUUUUGCAUGUAUUGACCAAAGAAGAGAAAAGUUCUUAGAGAACUCUGUAUUCAUGGCUUCUAUGGGGUGUUUUUUCUUAUUUAGUGUAGUUCUGGUUUGUGAUGAGACCUUACUCUUUGGUUGAAUUACACUUUCAAAUAUUCUGAGUCAGAUUUCUUUUGGGUGGGGUGUUAUUGCAAAGUCUCCUUCUUAUGACAUAGAAGAAUCUUCCUCUCCUGAGUCCUACCUCAUUAUCCUCACUGCCAGGUCAAACCUCCCUCAUGAAUCGAUCUUCAGCUCAAUGUAUUUGUAGGAGGUUACUGUGUGUGUUCCAUCCAUCAUUUUCUGUAAGAGGGCUCUGUAGCACCCAGAUGAAAUCCAUGCAAGCAUGGAGAGGACAUACAAACUCUAAGCAGACAGCACCCUAGGAAUUGAACCUAGGGCCCCAGUGCUGCAAGGCAGCAAUGCUAACAUACUUUACCAUCAUGUGCCUUAUGUGUUAUUAUUUAUUGUUUCCCUGAGAUCUUUUUUUCUUCUGAUAAACCAUGACUCUUUUUGUCCAGAUUUACAGCCAGUGCUUAAGUCGAACAACAGGGCUCCAACAAUUCCAGGUAAUGCUAUAGCCCUUAUUCGACAGCAGGCGAUAGCAGGACUAGGUUAAUGUCAAAGAGCAGAAACUUUAUCUGUUUGUGCAAUGUGAGGACAGGAGUUGUAGUCUGUUCCAACAUCUCCAUUAGAUUAUAUAAAUAUGUUGAAUAGUGCUGAGUUCAGGUAACAUCCUUAUCUCAACCCACAACCCUGAGUGAAGAAGUCUUUUCCAAUUUUCACUGCACACUUCUUCUGUUAGUACAUCAAUUUUAUUUAUGUCAUUGACUUUCUUGCAGAAUUGAGACAAAUUAUUUAAAAAAUACAGCUGAGAUAGAUUUUAGCUCUGAACUGAUAAAUAUUUUACCUUUAAUUUGUGGAGUACCGUUUGUGUAGGCUGUAAAUAUGAUUGGAUCUUCAGUUGUUAGAAAUCCUAAAUUAUUUCAUAGUAUUUUUUCCCAUGAAAGUAUUCCUGUUGGCACUACCAUGCAUUGAGCAAAUGAAAACAUGCUCCAUAGUUUUCACUUUAGAAAUAUUUCGUCAUGCAAUUCUUCCUUUUCCUUUUACAUGCCUGUCUGGUGGGGCAAAUAAUCACUGUCACAGAAUUCUUCAACAGUAAUCAGGCUUCUGUACUUAUUUACAGAUGUACUUUGAGCCACUGCAUUGCACAAAGCGAGGAGAUACAGUAUUUUUGUAAUUCAUUUUCAAACCAGAAAGCUGAAAAAUUCCCAAAUCAAAGAUGUAAAGGUUAGUCUGUGGGUAGAAUUAUUAUUGUCAGUUUGUAUGACUACCUAAAAUUCCCAGUUUCAGUUUAAUAAGAAAGCUAAGAAAUUUCAAGUCCAGAAUAAAUAUGAAAUUUUAACACAUCUAGUAUCUACAAAAUACAAACCACACAUGGAAAAUCCUGUGUGUUUAACACAAUAUUACAGGCCUCCUACAUCAGGCUUCUGAUUAUGCACAGGUGCUUGUGCUGUCUGAGACAGGAAGGCCUGGGACUCAGCUCUUGGGCAGGCUGGUUAGCGACAUAGCCUGUCACUUGUAUGCCAGUGUUAUAUUUGAAAUUUCUUGGACUGCAUUCCACAGAUAACCAUGCUGUGGCCCUCAGUACUCAGAGUCCCUGGCAGAACUCUUUUGAAAAUGCUUUGUGAUGUAUUGUUCUCAGAGAGGUUGAUGAUCUUAACCAGCACAGAAUUCUGUUCCUGCUGGAAACUGCUACUCAGCUACUGUGCAGUUUAUGAGACUAGUUUAAGAAUUAUGGACUGAUUGUGACAGUAAAUCAGCUUUACUUAGAAUAUUGCAGUUUUGUAUUAUAUUUUUGCAAUGAAUAGAGCUGCAUAACUGCUGUAAUUAUGGAAGAUUUCUUGCAGGGCAGUAUUGUGCUUUGAAGACGUUGUUACUCGUUUGUUUUUUCCUGUUAUUUGGUUUCUGAUCUGUGUUUUAGCAAAGGGCUUCACCUCUUUCUGCCAUUGUUUAGGCUUUGAUUUGCAGUUAAGUACUAUUCUACCUCAGUGUUGCAGCACUCAGAGCCUUUGGCUGUUGAGAGGAAAUGUCAAUGGGAAAGCAUUGUUUCACUGAGUAUAUCUCAGUCCUGCACACCUGUGUUUGGAUUUUAAAGCCUGACAUUUUUUUUGUAAAAGCACAACAAUGAUUCCAUGUAGUUCAAGUAGGUAGCUGCGUCAGCAUGCAUAGG